GUCUCUCGAGCACCUUUGAGACAGAGAGACAGAGAGACUGCGAGAGCUCUUUAGAAGAAAGAAAAAAACAUGGUGGGGAUUUCUUGUGAACAAGACUCUUGGGUUUCUUCAAGAAACCUAAACCAAGAAGAGGAUCAAACAGAAUCCUCAUAUUCUCAAGCAAAUCCAGAUCAAGGUGAUGUUUUUUAUGAAGAAACUGAUGAAAUAUGGCAGAAAGUGAAUCAAGCCGCCAUUAACAAUCACGACAACAGCUGUAGCAGAGGUACCUUCAGCUCAAAAAGCAGGAGCAACAGCAAGAAGAAGAAGAACCAGGUGUUGCUUGAAGGGUAUGUGGAGGUAGCUAAUACUAAUGAAGAUGAUUUGAAGAGGACCAAGAGCUUGACAGAUGAUGAUCUUGACGAGCUUAAAGGGUGCUUGGAUCUUGGAUUUGGUUUCAGCUAUGAUGAGAUCCCUGAGCUUUGUAACACGUUGCCAGCUCUUGAGCUUUGUUACUCCAUGAGCCAGAAGUUUCUUGAUGAGCAGCACAAGUCUCCUGAGAGAAGCUCUCCUGCUGCUGAGACAGCAUCUAGUCCUAUUGCUAACUGGAAGAUCUCUAGUCCUGGUGACCAUCCAGAAGAUGUUAAAGCAAGGCUCAAAUUUUGGGCACAGGCUGUGGCAUGUACUGUUAGAUUGUGCAGCUGAAAGACAUUUAAGAAUUGAAUGAUCAUUCAUUGACAUGAAAGAAAAUGGAAUGCAAAUUUUCUCAGAAAUGGGAAAUCAAAAGCCUGGACUUUCAUGAAAAGUCCUGUGCUCCGCUGUCAAUUCCAAUGCAACUUCUUGCAGGAAUCAAAGUGCUGGCGCUUUCUCUAGCUGGGAAUGGGCUGGCGUUCGGUUUUAUAAUAGAAGAAGAGACAUGCUUCAGGUUUGAAAUUAACCGAAUACUCUUAUGAGUACAAAGACUGAUUAUUGUAUAAAAUGCAUUCAAAAUAAGAAAUUUUAAGAAUAAAAUUAUUUCUGCUUCAUACGAUUCAUGUUGUUGCUAGCUAGUUAGUGAUUGAUGUGGCUAUAAGUUUGUUCCAACAAGAGCUGUUGGUUUUUAUGCAGUGGUGAUAGCCUCCAAUAUAGAGCCUUCACCAAAUAGCUGCUGACCUCUGCAUUUGCUGAGGUAACUAAUCUAACUAUGUUAAGUGUGUAUUUUUGUUAUUGUUGAUGCUUGAAUGAGAUGAUGCCGUGAUACUGACAGUAUGCGUCUGCUAACUACUGACUCGUGAUAAUCCAUCUCGUGGAUAGAUGAACUACCCUAUUUGACUGGUAUAGUGAAGGCUGCCGGAGAGAAGGUGGGGAGAAGUGAAGAUGAAGAAUUGCAAAUUUUUAACUCUAGACAUCAAUGUUAACCUGAUCAUCUUCUUUAUUCUACUUUCAUUGUCUUCACGAAUUGUAAAUGAUUGUCUUUGGAGACUAUUGUUUCUAGUUGUGACAAAUUCAAUGGAAUUUUUGUUGUUUGUUA